GAUUGAAGUUUUUUUCUCCUCCUACUUUGAAAGUUCGUUUUUGAUAUCCGAAGUUCAGUUUUCAUCAGUUGUUAGCAGAAAGUACUACGCAUCGCUUGCAAUUUCAUUUCCGUAGGAUGUACUAAAAAAUUACGUCUUUCGAAUAAAACUUUCAUUUGCAAAAAAAGUAUUUAUGCUUUCGAAUCAGUUCGUAUUUUAGUUCAUUUUAACGAAACGCUGUAAACAAAUCGCAAACAUGUCCAAAGACAUGCUCACUGAUAAUAAUCUGGUGCAACCUCUUCUAACAGAUUUGUACCAGAUUAAUAUGGCAUACGCGUAUUGGAAAGCUGGCAAGACCGACGAUCACGCUGUAUUCGAUUUAUUUUUCCGUAAGAAUCCAUUUCAAGGAGAAUUCACCAUUUUCGCUGGAUUAGAGCAGUGUAUAAAAUUCCUGGAUAAUUUUCAGUAUACUGAAAGCGAUAUCGAAUACUUGAAGCAAACUCUACCAUCAUCCAUAGACGAUGAAUUUUUUAAAUUUUUAAGUCAGCUGAACACCAAAGGUAUCACUUUAUAUGCCAUCGACGAAGGCUCGGUUGUUUUUCCAAGAGUUCCUAUGAUUCGUGUGGAAGGUCCUUUAGUGGUAGUUCAGUUAAUCGAGACGACAUUCUUGACAUUGGUGAACUUCGCAAGUUUGAUGACUACGAAUGCAGCCAGGUAUAGGAUGGCAGCGGGUGAUAACGUUUCAUUGUUGGAGUUCGGUCUGCGUCGAGCUCAAGGUCCGGAUGGAGGAUUAUCCGCGUCUAAAUACGCUUACAUGGGUGGUUUUGACGGCACCAGUAAUGUUUUGGCUGGCAAAAUGUUCGAUAUACCUGUCAAAGGUACUCAUGCCCACGCUUUUAUUAAUUCUUUCACCGAUUUCGCUGAACUGAAGACAAAGAUUGGCAGUGGAGUUGUUUUAGACGCCCAAGAUAUAUUCUUUGGAAGUCAGAAUUUGUUAAAUCUUAAUACGGGCGAAUCGGAGGAUUUGUUGGAAAGAAGCAUCGAAUGGAGGAAGAAGGUCGCUCCACUUAUGCAUUGUAAUCCUGAACAAGCUUCGGAUGGCGAAUUGACUGCUUUGAUCUCUUUUGCGGUUGCAUUUCCUUAUAAUUUUGUCGCUCUGAUUGAUACGUACGAUGUGAGCAGGAGCGGUUUAUUGAACUUUUCAGCUGUUGCGCUAGCUUUGAAUGAUCUCGGGUAUCAAGCUAUUGGAAUUCGUAUCGAUAGCGGAGAUUUGGCUUAUUUGUCGUCAGUUUCGAGGAAUCUCUUCAUCACUAUUGCUAAACAGUUCAACUUACCAUGGUUCGCAAAGCUACAGAUCGUUGCUUCGAACGAUAUCAAUGAAGAAACAAUUUGGAGUCUGAACGAUCAAAACCAUAAAAUCGAUUGUUUCGGUAUUGGAACGAAUUUAGUCACGUGCCAAAAACAGCCAGCGCUCGGAUGUGUUUAUAAAUUAGUCGAAUUAAACGGCAUUCCGCGCAUAAAACUAAGCCAAGAUGCUCACAAGAUCACAAUGCCUGGUAAAAAGGACGUUUAUCGGCUGUAUGGAAGUGAUGGGUACGCUUUAUGCGAUCUUCUGCAACGUUCAAACGAAGAUGCACCGAAAGUUGGCGAAAAAGUACUAUGUCGACAUCCUGUUAAUCAACAGAAAAGAGCUUUUGCUACACCAUCUGGAAUUGAACCACUGCUCAAGGAGUAUUGGAAAAAUGGAGAACUUUGUCGUAAACCUUUACCAUCACUGAGUGAAAUUCGACAACGUGUCAGAAAUUCUCUCAAAACUCUGAGACAAGAUCACAAACGUUAUCUUAAUCCUACACCAUAUAAAGUAUCAGUCAGCGAUAAUUUAUACCAUUUCAUCAACGAAAUGUGGUUGCAGAAUGCCCCCAUUGGCGACUUAUCGUAAUAAUUCGACUGCUUAUUUCACUUUCAUUCAGCAGCAGUAUUCGCUGUUAACGUUUGUUUGGGCAAACAGUGUCGUUGGAUUUAGUGGAAAUGUAAAAUUUACAAGAUGUACAGCUGCAGAAAGGGUCGGUUAAUUAGAGUUUAGAUAUUUAGUCACCAGGCAGAAAGGGAAUGGUUUAGAAAGAGAAUGAUUCGAAGUUACCUACGUAAUUUUUUGUUUAGAAAGAAUUUUCGAAAAUUGGAUCGAAAUUCUGCCAUAUUUUGUCAUAUGUAAACUUUAUUUUAUUUUUUUCAAACGCUGUUACCAUUUUACUAAUGUUACAAUUUUUUCAGUCAUUUAAUCACCUUAAAAGUUUGAAAUUAAUGAAACUUUCGUACUUAUUUUUUUUCUCGUUGGAGUAAACAUAUCGCAUUUCAACUGAAUUGUAUUCACUAUUCAGUGAUCGAAGUACUUAAGUGAUGUGAUUUAUUUAUGAUUAUGAAUAUAAUAAGGUUAAAAUUUUAUUAUCCCUUUCGAUGAGUUGAAAUUUAAUAAUUUGUUGAGCUUUUAUUAUUUCUUAGAUUUUAUUUUAUUGUUUAUUUUAUAGAUCGUUUUAUUUUUUUUCUUGACGUAGUUUUUAUAGACUUUUAAAGGAAAAUAUUGAAUCGUGCGAUUAUUCCACCAUGACCGUAGAACAAGUUUGUGAUUUUUUGAAUUUUUUUAACCAUGCAGUUUGUUUUUUUCUUCUGAGUUUAAACGUCUACGGUUUGAAAAGUACUUAUUUUACUCAUGCAUUUUAUCAUUGAAUUUUACUUAAUAAACAAUUCUUACGCACAA